AUGCGCAAAGCUUCUUUCCCAACCUCACCAUCACAGCCGCGCUUUACUAACCGCAAACCAUCCGCUCCACCCUCACCAACACAACUGACGCCUCAACUACGCACUUGCUCUGACGCCUCAACUACGCACUUGCUGCACGCCCAUAAACAAUGCCUACACUCCCUUCGUCGAGCUCUCCGCAACAUUCCACAAACCCAACCACCUCUCAUCACGCCUAACUCCUGCCCCUUCCUUUCCCAACGAACUGCCGUCCAACCACGCACCCAUCUGCUCCUUCCACCCAACUCAAAUUACCCAUACGCAACGCUUCUCUCCCAACCACACCAUCACACUCACACGUCUACUAACCACCAACCAUCCACUCCACCCUCACAAACACAGCUGACGCCUCAACUACGCACUUGCUGCACGCCCAUAAACAAUGCCUACACUCCCUUCGUCGAGCUCUCCGCAACAUUCCACAAACCCAACCACCUCUCAUCACGCCUAACUCCUGCCCCUUCCUUUCCCAACGAACCUCCCGCCAGCAUUCGUCUCGCCGACCUCUUCGCAACAUUCCACAAACCCAACCACCUCUCAUCACGCCUAACUCCUGCCCCUUCCUUUCCCAACGAACUGCCGUCCAACCACGCACCCAUCUGCUCCUUCCACCCAACUCAAAUUACCCAUACGCAACGCUUCUCUCCCAACCACACCAUCACGCUCAACCUUCUGCUAACCGCAAACCAUCCACUCCACCCUCACCAACACAACUCUCGACACGCCUACGUACUUCCUGAACGCCCUAUAAUAGACCAGCAUUCGUCUCGCCGACCUCUUCGCAACAUUCCACAAACCCAACCACCUCUCAUCACGCCUAACUCCUGCCCCUUCCUUUCCCAACGAACUGCCGUCCAACCACGCACCCAUCUGCUCCUUACACCCAACCGGAAUAACCUAUGCGCAAAGCUUCUUUCCCAACCUCACCAUCACAGCCGCGCAUUUACUAAUCGCAAACCAUCCACUGCACCCUCACAAACACAGCUGACGCCUCAACUACGCACUUGCUGCACGCCCAUAAACAAUGCCUACACUCCCUUCAUCGAGCUCUCCGCAACAUUCCACAAACCCAACCACCUCUCAUCACGCCUAACUCCUGCCCCUUCCUUUCCCAACGAACUGCCGUCCAACCACGCACCCAUCUGCUCCUUACACUCAACUCAAAUUACCCAUACGCAACGCUUCUCUCCCAACCACACCAUCACCCUCACACUUCUACUAACCACCAACCAUCCACUGCACCCUCACAAACACAGCUGA